GAUGUGGGCCCUGCCUGGUUUCUCUCGUGGGGCGCGGGUGAGGAGGGGAGGCCGCACGAGGAGCGGCUGAGGUCACUUGUUCUGGUGAGCCUGGAGAAGAGCAGACUGAGAGGGGACCUCACCGCGGGCUGCAGCUUCUCCCCGAGGGGCAGCGCCGAUCUCUGCCCUCUGUGACCAGUGACAGGGCCCGGGGGAACGACUGGAGCUGUGCCGGGGAGAUUCGGUAGAUAUUAGGAAAAGUUUCUUCCUCCAGAAGGUAUUUCGUCUGGUAAAAAUGGGUGAACCUCAGCAAGUGAGUGCCCUUCCUCCUCCUCCGAUGCAGUAUAUCAAAGAAUAUACUGAUGAAAAUAUCCGUAAAGGCCUGGCUCCAAAGCCACCGCCGCCUGUGAAGGACAGCUACAUGAUGUUUGGGAAUCAGUUCCAGUGUGAUGAUCUGAUCAUCCGGCCCCUGGAGAGCCAGGGUAUUGAAAGGCUGCAUCCUAUGCAGUUUGAUCACAAGAAGGAGUUAAGGAAACUUAAUAUGUCUAUCCUGGUCAACUUUCUGGACCUCUUGGACAUCUUGAUAAGGAGUCCAGGGAGUAUAAAGCGAGAGGAGAAACUGGAAGACUUGAAACUGCUUUUUGUCCACGUGCAUCACCUUAUAAAUGAGUAUCGGCCUCACCAAGCCAGGGAGACGCUGAGGGUCAUGAUGGAGGUGCAGAAACGCCAGCGCCUGGAGACGGCUGAGCGGUUCCAGAAGCACCUGGAGCGAGUCGUGGAGAUGAUCCAGAAUUGCCUGGCUUCCCUGCCCGAUGAUCUGCCUCAUGCAGAGGGGGGACUGAGAAUGAAUGUGGAGCCCAUGGAUGCUGAUGAUGGCAGCAACUGUGCUGGACAGAGCGAAAAGCAGAGGGAGCGUUCUGGUGGCAAGAGAGAUCAGGUUUUGGACAAAGAUGCAGCAAUGUGCAGCAUUAUUGAUGAAAUGACAUGAAGCAAUCACCUGGUUUUGUUAAAGCACCACUGUGAGAGACAGAAGGGAUUUUGAGGAUACACGUAUUUUGUUUUGCUGUUGUACAAAAAGACAAAGCAUUUGUUGUGCACCUGUUGGAGGUUAUGAGUGACUGGGCAGAUGAAAAUGUUUUAAUGUUUUGUGACCUGUGUUUUUCUGGUAAAAAUGAAAAAGUCUAGUUUUUUGUUAAAUGUAUCAUGUCAGUUGGUAGGCACAGAUUAAAGUUGGCUUUUCCUGUUGUA